GAAAGUCGAAAGCUAGCUGUCUCCUGAGCACGAAUACUGAGUUGUUCUUGCAAUGACUGAAUGAGCGAGGCAGUUAGGCUUGCUUUGUGCUUCAUUGUUUCCGAACAAAAGCUAGCCGAUUAGGUCUGCGCCGCCAUCUCUAUCUUUAGAUCAGCGGUUCUUCCCCUCUCUGUACAUUUUUUUCAAUAUGGCGAUCUGUAAAUUUUUCCUCGAGGGAAAAUGUAAAUUUGGAGACGCUUGUCGAAAUCAGCAUCCAGCUAACACUGGGUAUGGAAAUUCUUUUACACAACACCGAGGUGGUGUCGGUGGUGGACAGGCAGGCGGUCGCGGGUACAAUGCUCCACAGCAGCACCACCAACAGCAGCAGCAAAAUGCCUAUGGCGGUGGUGGUGGCGGCGGCGGUGGUGGUAGGGGAGGCAACCCAUUUCAGUCCUGGUCCGGUAACCAGCAGGGAAUGAACGCCGGUGGUUAUCAGCGCCAUUCUCAAGCCGGCGGCCACCAACAGAUGGGUGGUGGUGGGGGAGGAUUUCAGCGAGGUGGUGGCGGAGGAGGAGGAUUUCAGCGUGGUGGUGGCGGCGGAGGAGGAGGAUUUCAGCGAGGUGGUGGUGGCGGUGGCCAUGAUCAGAGGUCCAAAGGUGGGAAUCAGGCUGCCGUUGGAACGCAAAAUCCGUUCAAUGUCCUGACCAAGCUUAGCAGCGAUGGAAAUGUCCAGACCCAUCAACAGCAGCGACAGCCCUUUGCCACUGGUGCGACCUCGAACAAUUUCUUUCAGGCGCAGCAGCAGCAGCGACAACAGGUAGUGCCCAAUGCAGGCACAAAUUGGGUGAACCAAUCUCAACAGCAGCAGCAACGGCAACAGCAACCUGCAGCUGCUGGGGGCAAGUCAAAGGGACCGUUGUCCUACGAGGAACUCGUUGGUGUUGUAAGCAAUGACAUGAAGCUAUGGAAAGAUGGCAGCGUGUGGCCGCUGUCUUGCUACACCUUUGCCAAGGGACAGCCUAGCUUAGAAGGUUUGGAUGAUUUGUCGUUCGAAGAGGCACGCUUGGGUUGGCUCAAAGCUACGGUUGCCAACACUCUUCCGCAAUAUACCGCCGAACUAACUGAAGCUGUGCGUAAGCAAGGUCACGUCCGUCAGCUCUAUGCCGCUGGAGAUGCCAGUGUUCAGCCUGUUCUGGCCCAGGCAUUGCAGCGAUAUAAUACCAGCCUUCAGUCUCCACAGCAGCUACCUGCUGGCAGCCUGCAAACCCCACUCCAGCAGCAGCAAGGAGCAGGUAGCUUCUUCAACUCCGGCCUAACGCCAUUUCAAUCUGCGCCCGGCCAAGGCCAGCAGCUUUUCCAGAAAACGUCGACGCCGAUCACAGACGCUCAGGCAGCAGCACCCCUCUCUAACCCAUUCUUAUCGGCGAGGAAGCCUGAAGGUGGUGGACUGCUGCAACAGACAUCGUCUUCAUCAGCAUCUGAUCAGAUGUCCAGUGAUUCGUCCCUUCCCAAGGCAACUGAAGCUCAACUGGAAGUCUUCCGCAAGUGCCAGUAUCAGCUGGGUGAAAUCCCGGAAGUGCCGCCACCGCAACAAGUGUGUUAGGUGACUGGCAGUCUAUGACCAAAAGGCUACGUCACUAGAGAUGCAUGACACUAUUAUGGCAAUGCCAGUACUGUGUGUGUGUGUGUGUGUGUGUGUGUGUGUGUGUGUGUGUGUGUGUGUGUGUGUGUGUGUGUGUGUGUGUGCGUGUGUGUGUGUGUGUGCCCUUGUGUGUGUCCUCGCUCCUCUUCCCUGCUGAUACAUCCAUCCGGCUGCUGCUGUUAAUAUGUUGAUGAGUCUCUGGUCUUUCUGUUUCUAAAUACUUCGCUGGUGAACAUUAUCUGUACAUAGCAUCCACCGCUGUGGCAAUUCUGAACAUAGGUUUUUUUCAAUAUCGUGAAUAGACUUGCUAAAUGUGCGUGAACAAAGUUGCUUGCAUAAUGCAAUUGGGGCUUUCUUGAACAUACUGCCCCCAACUUGAAGCAAGCUAUUUUGAGUGUACACAUUUCAUUGUCUUGUACAGUUUGAACAUUCGUAAUGCAUGUACAUGCUUGUAGUAUUCACUUUUUAACUCUCUCCUGCACUUUGCUGUUGCUGCUGCUGCUACCGCCAGUGUACGUGACUUGAUGCUUGGAGUCCAGUGCUUGAGACUACUGCGCUAUACUGAUUUUGGCAUGGGUCUAUGCAUUGCUGGCCCUGCCGUUCUCACUACGUUUAGGCAUUUUUUUUAUUGCACCCUCUGCUGGCA